CGACCAACUGCUCAGGAGAACAGAGGCACAGAGUGGACACUUUUCUGUUUGUUUUGGGUUUUUUAGAUUGCCAAUUUCACAGUGAGGAAAAUACAUCGUGAUGCAGCCAGCUGCAGAGUGACUUGCUCGAUCACUCCCUCUCUCUUCCUCUCCAAAGGAAAAAAAUCCCCUGUCUGUAUUGCUCAGUGUGAUCGAAGGCCCCAAGUCUGAGAGGCGGAACACACAAUGCAAAAGAAUGCCCGGGUCGGGGACAGCCAGAGGGACAACGUGUCAGAUGAUUCGUCAGACUCUCCAGAGUCGGGGCCAAUGUCCUGUAUGGAGCCCUUCCUGGUCCGGAGGCUGUCAUGUCGCACUGUCCAGCUGCCUCCUCUGGCCUUCAGGCAGGCUGAGCAGUACUACUGCAACCACAAACCUGAACCAGACACUAUCACAGUCCCACCGCGACCGACCACACUGCCCCUACGCACCCCUCCACUUAUCGCCAUCACCUCAGCCGACACCAGCAGGUGAGGUGUGUGUAUGUAUGUGUGUGUGUUGACUUGCUAGUUUUGUACAAAUUAAAUUACCAUAAGGGAUGUUUAGACUGUCAGGCAGUCUGGAAAGAGUGCUUUCUUUUUGAAUGAGCUACAAUUAUACAAAUGUAUCCCUUCAUUUUCUGUGUAUAUUUGGCACUUAUUGAAGUGAACUCUGACUCACUUGUCUAAUGAAGUCUGACUCAUCCGUGUAUUUCUAGCAUUGUAAUUGACUGAUUUCAACAUACAGAUCUGGGAAAUAUUUUGUCUCCAUUUCUUCUGAAAAGGAAUGAUUUAACUAAACAAAACAACUCGAUAGUAACAAACAAGGCACCAUCUUGCAAAUCAACAUAAUUUCACAGAAUUGUGUUUUUUACGCUAUUUUGGCCCUUUGGUGGAGCAGAGGUUUCAACAGGUAGUAGAGUGCAGUCAUUCAACCAAAACCCCUUGAGGCACCAGUCCAAAAUAUGACAAACUUUCAGUAUGUCAUAUACAGCCUCCCUAGAUCCUAUAAGAAAGCCACUUGGGGAACACUGUCAUAAUACAGGCUAACAUGCUGACCAGACCGGACACGUCGCGUAUGCGAGUGCCACAAAGUAAAUUUAGAAAUCCAUGUUAUUCAAUUAUUGCACCCACACUGCUCAUGCGCGCCAACGAGCGUCUGCGAUGCCAAGGGCUAAAAUAGAACUCCUUUCUAUUUCUGAUGCAGAUUGCACUGAAAGUCCUGCAUCUCCCAUCUCCUCAUUGGUUUAUAGAAGCAGGCCAAAUCCUCAUUGGUUAAACCCACGUGGGUGAUUGAAAGACGAACUGUUUUGCUGGUCGUCGUGGUAAUACUAUGAAAGUUUAGAUGCCGAUCACCAUAUAAGUUCAAAGAUGAAAAAGCCUGGAAGGACGAGAGAUGACUAAAAACGAUUCGGUUGGCCGUUUUAUGUAUGGAUCAAUUGUCGGGGUAGAGGACCUUGUGAAUUUCAGGUAAAAUAACAACCUAAUGUUUAUAUCCCAGGACAAAUUAGCUAGCAACAGCAAACUAGCUAAAUAGAACAAAUUAGCUAGCAAGUGCAAGCUAACUAGCUAAAUUGCCAUACAUGUUUAAUGCUUUUCGACCUGUCCCCAAAUUAAUGUCAUUGGUUCAACGUUUGUUUUGAUAUUUUAACCGGCGUGUCGUGAUCGCGUUUGGUGUAGGGUGACAAUUUUUUUUUAUGCACUAUGGCGCACUCAGGAUUGUAUGGGAUUCAAAGCACACGGCCAUCACCACCAUACUAUCAAACAGUCUAAACAAAGUUAGAGCAGGGUAUUAAGAAAGGUUUGGGGAAGCUAAGCCCUCUGCAGUCUGCAGUGCACAACGUACAGUACCAUCUGCUAUGAGGUUAGUUGAGAGUUGCCAGAGCUUCACAAGGUGAGAGAUUUGCUUUCACAAGUAGCCCAUGUCUGAGAAAAAUUCUCAGGGACCACAAAUUGUAAGGGGAAAAACAGUAGCUCAUUGUAGCCCGACAUCCCAUAGGUGAUGUGUAAGUAAGGGGAAAAAACAAACCUAAAGUACAGCCAAAAGAAUAUCAACAAAAAAGACCCCCCAGCUCCUGCAGAUGAAAGUAAUCCCCAGUGCAUCUGAGAACACAUCAAGUUUGGCAGGUGCUCUGUGGCCAGGCAAUGUGUUUGUAAUAUGAGACAAAGAGAAGAUGUAGGACCAUGUAAUUAGAAUUCAUAAAAUGGACAGUGUCCUUGGGAUUUAGAACGCCUCACUCCACUGAUCAUGAAGAUUUGCAUUGGAGAGCAGUGUCUUCUUCAUCAACAACAAGCUACGUACAUACAUUACACCGUCCAAUGGCUUGACACAAUGGUUCUCCAUCCGAACCAGCGCCUGUCAUGUCACGUUCUUCCUCUGCUGAAGACAAUGGUGUUGUUUGUACCAAUGUUCCAGCAUGUCAAAAUGCAUUCAUACAGAUAGAUACUAUAUAAUGUUGUGGUAUACUGUAGAAUACUAUAGUAAAAACAACAUUGUUAUCCACAACAACAAAAUAACACAGUCCUAAAUACUACAGUAAUGUCUGGAAAAACACUACAGUCCACAGAAACACAACACAUUUUAAACUAUAGUAAAUACUACAGUAUUCCAUUUGCAUAUACCCUGCCCAUUCCCCUCCCCCAUAUCGUAAUUUUUUCCACCCAUAAGUGAGAAUGGGUAUUGUGUUCCGUACAGGUUAUAGAAGAGUGCAGAAACUCUGAACUAUCCUUUCAGACCUCAGUCCUACCGACCGACCGACCGAUAGAUAGAUAGAUAGAUAGAUAGAUAGAUAGAUAGAUAGAUAGAUAGAUAUUUUUAAGAUUAGAUUAUGUUGUGAGGUCAUCAUAUAUUUUUUCAAGAAUUUAUUAAUAUACGUGAGUAAGGCAAAGCCCUUUGUAAUAUAAUUAUUAAUUGCUAUGCCUUCUAUACACUUCGCUAUGGACAACAUGGGAGAAAAUGAUUGGGAAUUCUAACAAAGACCAUACUGUACAACGUCUUAGCUCAGUUUAAGGCUUGGUUCAUUUAUAGUAAAAGGGCUUUUAUGUACUCUGCGCCAUCAUCUUGGAACGCCUUACAAAAUAGUUUUAAACUGGAAGAACCUGUCCCGAUAUCACUGAUGAAUGAUCUUGAGACUGAUUCCCUGGCCUGUCAAUGUUUUUAAUUAGCUGUUUUUGAUUUUUUGCAGUGUUAAUCUGCAAAAUUGUAAUUAUUCGCCUACCUCCUCAUGCUUUUUGCACACAAUGUAUAUAGACUAUUUUUUCCCCUACUGUGUUAUUGACUUGUUAACUGUUUACUCUAUGUGUAACUCUGUGUUGUCUGUUCACACUGCUAUGCUUUCUCUUGGCCAGGUCGCAGUUGUAAAUGAGAACUUGUUCUCAACUAGCCUACCUGGUUAAAUAAAGGUGAAAAAAUAUAUUUAAAAAAAUACUCUUGUGAAUUCUAUGGUUUUUACUAGAUUACUUGUUUUUCAUGUUGUUUGUCUGUAAUUUUUGUAAUGACUUGGUGCUGCCUAUCUUGGCCA